UCCAACAGAGACACGUCCUUCCCUUGCGCGCCAGCUCCGACUGCAGAUAUAAGGGCGUCGGAGAGGACACGCUCUGGUUUGGCACACUCCUCCUAUGUCUGGGUUGAGGGAAAUACAGCGCCUCUGCUUCAUGCGCCGCACACGUUCUGCCUUCACGCAUAGGCUCUGUUGACAUCUAACUGGAGAUACAGCUUGUUCAGGAUAGAUCUGUUGUGGGAAGGACAGCCAAAGCGUUGCUAAGGAGGCCGACUGAUCGGACGCAGCCAUGCUGAAAGGGGGCACCGCCAAGGCGGCACAGCCCAAGCUGGGAGCCCCGGAGCGGGUCCGCCUGCCUCCCUCCCUCUCCCACGCCUCCAACGCCACCUCCACCUCCAUCAGCAGCUCCAUGGGCAUGAAGACCUCACGCUCCUCCAGCACCAUUGCCUCGGACCUGCGCCUCAGCCGGCUGAAGCGGGCGAGCAGCGAUGACGCUCUGGCUAAGCCUGCUCUGGGAGCAGUAGCUGCCGCGUCUCGGAUGAAGAAGACUGUGACUACCGGAGCCAUCUCGGAGCUGGCAGACAACCGGCCGCGCGGCCUCGCAGGUGCCCAGUCAGCCAAAAAGUCAGGGAUCCCUGCUCCCCAGAACCUCUCCAGAGACCGCACUGCACUGCGGGACCAGCUAAGGACAUCUAGCACCAAGAAGGUCGUGCCCAGUGCCAGCACCUCCAGCCUGUCCUCCCUGGCGAAGAACUCGCGUGGUUCCAUCAAGACAAGGACAGAGGCCGAGAGCACGGACAAGGCUCUCCUGGAGUGUCAGGUGAAGGAGCUUCUGGCUGAGGCCAAGGCCAAAGAAUCCGAGAUCAGCAAGUUACGGACAGAGCUGCAGCGAUGCAGGGCAAAAAGCUCCCCACAGGAGGCUGGCACCCCAGACGGGACACCAGAGAGUGAAUGGUCCCAGCUGCACCCCACAGACCUUCAGACGUUCGUCCAGGAGCUGAGGGAGAAGAACGGGCGCUUUCAGAGGGAGCUGGCUAUGUUGCGUGAGGAGAACCAGGCUCUGAAGGAAAAUCUUAUCUCAUUGGAUAGCUGCACAGCCCAAAGCAGUAACACCAGCGCAACUCCUACAUCACAAAUGAGUCCAACCAAACCUUCCACUAACGGCCUUCUACUAGAGAGGGACAGCGGUGAGAUGAAACCAGUCAAAGACACAGCAUCAUCUGCUAGCGAUAUCACCAAAAGCCCCUCCUCACCUUCUCCGGACUCCUCAGAAUUUGAAAAGAUCCCGUCUCGCUCUGACUCAGUCAGCAGCAGCAGCACCAAAGGCAUUACCCCGAGCACCCUGGAGAGAGACCUGUCAGUGGAGUGUUUGACGGAGCGCAUUCAAAAGAUGGAGGAGAACCACCACAGCACGGCCGAGGAGCUGCAGGCCACUCUGCAGGAGCUGGCCGACCAGCAGCAGGUCGUGCAGGAGCUGACGGCGGAGAACGAGCGGCUGGCCGAGGAGAAGGGCCUCCUGCAAACCUCCCUGCAGCAGCAGAGGGAGCGCGUGGACCUCCUGGUGCAGAAGAACGAGACUUUGCUCCAGAGGCUCCGAGAGCAGGUCCAGAGCCAAGAGGCCGAGACAUCGCGUGCCUCGCGGGUGGAGGAGCUGGAGCAGCGCCUGGCCGAGCGGGCGGAGAGCUCACGCUUUGAGAGGGAGAAGCUGGUGGACAUUCAGCAGCAGCUGACUGGGAGCCUGAGAGCUCUGGAGAAAGAGCACCAGGAGGCCCAGACCACCGUGCGGAGCUUAAAAGACGAGCUGGAGGAGCUCCGGCAGCAGCUGGAGAGGGAGCAGAAGGCUGAGGCGGUGGCCACGCAGCUGGCAGAGGAGCUGCGGCAAGCUGUGGAGGCUCUGAAGGCGGAGAACGAGCGCUUGAAGGCCCAGGUGGAGACAGAAAGGCAAAAGGUGGUGGAGCUGAAGGCGGUGCAGAGUGCUAGCAACAGCACAGAACUGCAGGCCUUGCUGAAAGCAGCUCACACAGAGAGAGACAAGCUGGAGGUUUGCUGUGCAGCGCUGAGGCAGGAGCUGCUGCACACCCAAAAUGAAGUGGAGCAUAUUCAGAGCAUGCUCAAGAAGGCCAAAGCAGACAAGUUGCAGCACCAGGAGAGACUGCAGAAACAGGAGCAGGACCACAAAGCCAACGUGUUCGCUCUGGAGGAGAAGAACAGAGAUGGCGAGAACCAGAUCAAGGAUCUAAAGGAGACCAUCUUUGAGUUGGAGGACCAGGUGGAGCAGCAGCGUGCAGUCCGACUGCACACCAACCAGACCAUCCUGGACCUGGAGAAUCAAAUCAAGAGGCUGGAGGAGCAUAAGAUUGAACAGGACAAGCAGAUGAAAGCCAUGAGCAAACAGAUAAAGGAAGAGACGGAGGAGUGGCGGCGUUUCCAAGCCGACCUGCAGACAGCCGUGGUAGUGGCGAAUGACAUCAAGGUGGAGGCACAGCAGGAGGUGCGCACGCUGCGUCGCCGGCUGCAGGACGAGCAGGAGCGCUGCAGCAGGCUGACCUCGGAGCUCGAGCAAAUCCAGGGGGCCAGGUCGCAGGUGGAGGAGGGGAAUCUCUCUGAAUCUGACAGCAGUCCUCACUGGUGUGGAAUCUCCAUGGCCCAGAAUGCAUCUGAUGGCCUGCUGACCAAUGGGAGUGAGAGCGGAAACAGCACCCCCUCUGAGCCAGGAGCCACCGUAAAAUCCCUUAUCAAGUCGUUCGACACAGCUCUGAAGAAUGGACCUGGCAAUACAGUACAGAUGCAUACAUCUCCCAGAAGCCCCCUAAGUGGAAUACCAGUUCGCACAGCUCCGGCAGCAGCCGUCUCACCCAUACAGAGGCAUUCGGGUAUCAAGCCACUGUCUAAGACCUUGGAGAGAAGGAUCAACCUUGGGGAUUUCCCUCACCCAGGCGAUGAGCUGAAGACUUCAUCUCUGAUGAGGAAGAGUCCAUCCCUUGAAUCGGUCAUCAAGCCUCCAGCCGUGCUCAGCAACCGAAUACCCUCCUUCACGUACAGCCGGACCAACAGCAAGCUCAAUGUGGAAAGAACAGACCCUCUGGCUGCUCUGGCGCGGGAGUACGGCGGAUCUAAGAGGAACGCUCUACUGAAGUGGUGCCAGAUGAAGACAGAGGGCUAUCCGAAUAUCGAUGUGACAAACUUCAGCAGCAGUUGGAGUGAUGGUUUGGCUUUCUGUGCUCUGCUGCACACCUACCUGCCUGCACACAUCCCCUACCAAGAGCUUGUCAGCCAGGACAAGGGCCGCAAUCUGACCCUGGCCUUCCAGGCCGCAGAAAGCAUCGGCAUUAAACCUUCUCUGGACAUUGAUGAGCUGAUGCACACAGACAGACCAGAUUGGCAGAGAGUCAUGCAGUAUGUUUCUCAGAUUUACAAGUAUUUUGAGACUUGACCUUUCACUUGAGGAAAAGAACGUGGAAAGGCAUGAAGUCACAGAAGCACUUUCUGCCGUGAUCAAUCCCCUCCCCGACACCAGCUAUUACUAAACACGGAAAGCUGUGCCAGGCUUACUCAGUAGACGCAUUGCCUUUUCCCAGUAUCGCACUGGCAGACCCAGCCAGGGGAAUCCUUCUCUUCCUUUUUAUACACAUUUAUUUAUACUUUUUUUUUUCUUUCUUUAUUUUUGCCUGAUAGACUGAAAUGCAGUUUCCAUUCAAGCCACAUUUCCUGGACUAGUCAUUUCAAAAGUUGCGUGGAGUGGUUGGCAUUUCUAUUUUUGCCACAUCAUUCAACCACAGUACAGUUAAUGGUGUUUAAGUGCAGUUAGACUGCUACUGUUUACAGAGAAUGGAGUGUUAUUAUUGUUACCAAAAGCAUAGAAAUAUAUAUAGAGAUAGAUGUAUUUUUUAAAUCUCGUGUCAAUUCCCAGUUUAUUUUGAGAUGCUGUAUAUAAAAUAUUUCCAGACAGUGAAGAUGAGUUUGAAUAAGUUCUGUUCUAAUUUACUACAAUUAAUUUUAAGUUUUGCAAUAUUUUCUGAAAAGUCACAAAAUACAUUUAUUGGUUGAACAAGAAAGAUCCUAUAUUAUCCUAUUAUUGCAGCUGUUUUACAGACCAUUAUGAUAGCAGGUGUUGUGUAUGUUUGAAUUAAUAUGCUGUCUCUUCAAAGUAGCUAACACGUACUUUAAGGCAAUAGCACUGCAUUAAAAAGGUCACUGCCCGUGUCAUUCAAUAGGCUACAGCUGCUAAGUAUAUCAGCCAAAUCAGCCACCUUAAAAACUAAUACUAAAUACUGGACGUCUUAGGACGAAAUAUUUUAUAAAUACUUGUUUAUAGAAAAAUACGGUCUCUGUAUCAAACAGAAAUGUCUUGUGAGUUAAAUAGUCUCAAGCUACAGCUUUGUUCCUUGUAUCUCAUAAGAAUAAGAAGUUUUAUUUAUUGAUUUUCUGUAAGGCUCCAGUGCUGCGUUUGUGUAAUCUCUAGUUCAGAACCGUGCAGGUUUGCUUUGUGAACUGAAUCUAUGGACAGACCCGUUGUUGUUCGUAAUAAAGUCUUCCAGAGGAUGAAACCAA